CUUCUCUCAAAGUUGCUCUACAAUGCUAAAUCCGUAAAAAGUCUCCAGCUUCAGUAUCAAAACCAGAUAUAUUGUUAAUCUUCAGUGCUGGGUUCAGGUUCUUUCCAAGUUUCAUGGAACCGCUCAUGUGUAUAUUGUAGAAAAAUGGCAUCUUUACCUCUUGUUUCAAAUGACAGAUUAUUAGUUACUCACAAGAAAUGGAAACCCCAUACUGGAAAUUCUGAAUCAUUAAGAAGUUUCAAGAAUCAAUAUUGCUCAUUACCCAGUUCUUGUUUUACCUCAAGAUUUUGUAUAUCUCAGUCUAGGUACAAGAAAUGGAUGCUUCAUUUUGGGAAUUCUGACCCUUUUAGGAGAUUAAAGAAUCAAACUUGCUCAUUAUCCAAUUCUUGUUUUACCUCAAGUUCUGUUCCUUUAUUGGGAUUGAAUUAUAGGUUUUGUAAAUCUCAAAGUAGAUUACUGCAUUGUAGUACUGGGGUUAGGUCAAUGGUAAAUGAGAAGGGAGAUAUAGAUACCCAUUUGAACAAAACAGGAAGUAAUAAUAUUCGUGGGAAGUUUUCGUUGAGAUUGAGACCAAGGAUAAGAUUACUGUCAAGAAGGUUGAAAAGGGUAUCUGUUAUAUGUAUGUUAAAUGAUUUUGGGAAGUUUCUGAGGAAGAACUCAAGAAGAGUGGCACUGUCAACUUCAAUUUCUGUGAUAUUGGGCUUGUGUUAUUUGUUUCUAAGAUUGACAGCAACUCCUCCUCCAAAGGUUGUUCCAUAUUCAGACUUGAUUACCAGCCUUCAGGGAGGAUCUGUGUCAAAGGUUCAAUUUGAGGAAGGCACACGCCGUAUUUACUACAAUACGAACUUGUGGAGUCUUAAAAAUGCUCAGACAGGGGAAGAUAAUUCCUUAGUUCCCGAUGAAAGCACGACCAUCACUGAGGAAAGCAAAGAUAUAGAUAGCAACAAAGGUGGCAAGAAUGUCUUCAGUAAAAUAUCAAAAGCCCAAGGUUCUACCCCCGUAUGGCAGUUUAGUACAAGGAAGAUCGAUCAUGAUGAAGGAUAUCUUCUUAGUCUAAUGAGGGAAAAGGGAACAGCGUAUGGCUCAGCGCCACAAUCAGCACUUAUGUCAAUUAGGAGCUUAUUAAUUACUAUGUUAUCCUUAUGGAUUCCUUUGACUCCUAUAAUGUGGCUUCUCUAUCGUCAACUUUCUGCUGCCAAUAGCCCUGCAAGAAAAAGAAAGCCAAGUAACCAGGUGGUUGGCUUUAAUGAUGUGGAGGGUGUGGAUGCUGCAAAAGUUGAGCUUAUGGAGAUAGUGUUGUGCCUGCGAGGAGCUAUAAACUUCAGUAAGCUAGGGGCAAAGUUACCAAGAGGCGUACUGCUUGUAGGUCCACCAGGGACAGGAAAAACCUUACUAGCUCGUGCUGUGGCAGGAGAAGCUGGAGUACCCUUCUUUUCUGUUUCUGCUAGUGAAUUUGUUGAAAUGUUUGUUGGAAGAGGAGCUGCUCGCAUUAGAGACCUUUUCAGUGUAGCAAGAAAGAAUGCUCCUUCAAUCAUUUUCAUUGAUGAACUAGAUGCUGUCGGAGGAAAGCGUGGCAGGAGUUUCAAUGAUGAGAGAGACCAAACCUUGAAUCAGUUGCUCACAGAGAUGGAUGGCUUUGAAUCGGACUUGAAUAUCAUUGUAGUUGCUGCUACUAAUAGACCAGAAGCUCUAGAUCCAGCACUAUGUCGGCCUGGACGUUUCUCCAGGAAAAUCUUAGUGGGAGAACCUGAUGAAGAUGGAAGGAGAAAGAUCCUGGCUGUACACUUGAGAGAAGUUCCCCUUGAGGAGGACCUGGAGCUUGUAUGUAACCUGGUUGCAUCUCUUACCCAGGGCCUUGUAGGUGCUGACCUUGCCAACAUUGUCAAUGAAGCUGCUUUGCUUGCUGCUCGGAGAGGGGCUGAUUGUGUGUCAAGGGAAGAUAUAAUGGAAGCCAUAGAAAGAGCAAAAUUUGGGAUUAAUGAUAAGCAGUACACCCAAAGUGCAAUAGGUAAGGAACUGGAGAAACUGUUCCCUUGGGUUCCUUCUUUCAUUAGGAAGAACAGUACAAGAAGUGAUGCAUUUCAAGGACCUCUGGGGUAUCAAGCUCUCAGUUGAGAUAUUAACCCUCUUGUUUGUAUAAUGUUUUUUUCUCCAAAUGUUCAAGAAUGUAAUGCAAUGGAAAAAAUGGUUGUUGAUUAUCCAUAUUGCCAACCUCAACUUGUUUGGGGUUGACAUAUAGUAUAAGAAUGUAAUGCGAAAACUGAGACAUGGAAUUCUUUAGGCAACUAUUUGAACAAAGAUUUUUAUUUUUUUUGUAUUAAUGCCCCUUCUUCCCUUUUUUGGGAUGUGUGGGGCUGAACAUUGAACCCUCAACAUGGUUAUUAUAGACAUAAUAAAAAUAACUGGCUGAUUUUUUGCCCAA